CUAGUUUAGUUUCAACUACCUCCUACACGUGUGCGAUCAUUAGACAUUAGUACACGAAGUAAUAGUUGACAGUUGGCACCCUACUCCAAUAUUGGAAAUGGUUUUUUUCGUUUGCAAUGGAUGUGGUACAUCUGUAAAAAAAAACCAAGUGGAAAAGCAUCAAUAUCAGUGUAGAAGGUCUCAACAUCUGUCAUGUGUAGAUUGUUCUAAAGAUUUUAUAGGAGAAGAAUAUAAAUCACAUAUCAAGUGUGUGUCAGAAGAAGAAAAGUAUUCAGCCAAAGGUUUUGUUCCUAAACCAAAUCAGAACAAAAAUGAAAGAAAACAAACUGAAUGGGUGGAAAUGGUGCAAAAUUUGGUUGAGACUGUCGGAAACACAAAUGAUGAACUGAGCAGUGCUCUUCAACGCAUUAGCCAAUAUGAAAAUAUCCCAAGGAAAAAGCCCAAGUUUAUUAAUUUUUUGAAAAAUGUUUUGGGAAAUAGAGUACAUCCAAGAACAAUUGAACAAUUGUGGGAUGUAAUUUCCAAAGCCCUCGAGGAACUACGUUUAAGCAAAGUGGUACCACCGAAUACCAAUAUCAAAGCGAAAGCAUUGGAAGAAACGGGAAAGACCUCUACUGAAGAAAAUGGAAUCAAAAGGAAGAAUGAUAUUGAAAAUGAAAUCCCUGCCAAUGGAAACAAGAAAAGAAAGAAGGAAGCUGUGCAAUCGCAAGAGGAUGAAAUUCGCAAACAAGCGAACGAUACUAUAAAUUCCGUUGGGGAAGCCGAGCAAUCUGCUAAAGUUAAAUGGUGUACGAUUGGCAAGAUUAUUCUGCGCGCCCAGGAUGACAAGGAAUUGUCGUUGAAGAAGUUUCAGAAAAAAAUCAUUGGAGAAUAUUUACAGCGAAUGGCGGAUGCACUAAGUGCUGAUGAGUCUGUUGAGGUCUUGUGGUCUAAGUGUCAAAAGAAACUUUCAAAAAAUCCAAAAUUUAAGAUUCACAAAGACAAAAUAAAGCUUGUCUCAUGAUGCAGUUGUCUGUGAUGACGAGAUCGACUUACCAAUUAAACGAUCUAUUUACUUGUUAGCCAAUAUCUUUUUUUUCGUGGUAAAGUCCUUAUAACAUUUAAUCUUUCUUAUUCUCUUAUCUUGUCUAAUACUUCGAGAUCGAUUAACCUCAUUGGUUCCCCGAAACCGAAAAGGCCGAAACAAAAAAAAAUCUCCUGUAGAAAAAAAAAGGCGGAAUGCAAAAACUUAUCAUAAUCUUGUUUUUCUUUCAGCCUCGUCAAAUAUUUCGAAUUUCGAAAGGAUGCUGAAAUAAAAAAAAAAAGAUAAAGGAUUUUAUACUUGCGUUGCGGUUUUUGGUUUUUGGCAUACAGCAAGAUAAACUUUCUGUAUUGCAAUGACUAGGGCAGCUAGGCCGUAGGCCCAUUAAUUCAACGAUCGAAAAUUGACGAAUAGAAAUUUAUAAAUUUAAGGAUUUAUCCUACUCUCUUCGUCUCAUCACAGAUAAAGACCACUUCUCUUUUCUUCUUUAUUCCUUCUUUAUCCUUCUUUAUUCUUUACACCACUUGUCUUCUUUACCUAUGGUCUCAUCUCAUGCUCAUGACUGAAUCAGUCGCAACCUCUGGUCGCACCGUAUUUCUUUAUAACUAAUUAACUAUAUUGCAUUUACAUGAGUUAUACCAUAGCUCUGUCUCUGAUCACUUGCACUGUUUUUUUAAAUCAUUAUUUAAUCACUUGGAAUCACUUCAAAUAAAAAUAAAAUGAUAGGCCUAAAUCAUUAGUGGUUCGAAUAUGGCAACUUCGCAUACUAGAAAAUUCUGAUGUAAAGUUGUCUGCUGUUCUUUGGCAUUACCACGUGCAUUUAACGUCAAGUUUGGUUCUUGUUCUUGGCUUAGUCUUGCAAGUUGUACCGGAGUCCAGAGUCUUUGAAUAUACACGUUCUAUUGAUUCAGAAUUCUACAUAGUUCAUCAUGGUUCGUCAUGGAAAACACUCACACGCAAAACCUGACCAAAGCGCCGAAGAAAGAAAAGAAGUAUGGGUUUCUAUGGUUGAAAAAUUAAUCAAAUCAGUUGGUGAUUCUGAUGAAGAUUUGACAAUCGCCCUCGAAAAAAUUUCUCGAGCGAAAAAAGUUCCAAGGAGGUGGUUAAACUUAAACAAACCAAAGUUUGUGAGCUUUUUGAAGUAUCUCCGAUAUAAAAUUACUCCAAGUGUUGUUGACCAGCUGUGGGAAUUGUUUUCCAAAUCCAUAGAUGUGGAAAGGAAAAAAGAAAUCAAGAGAAACACUAAACCAAUUAAAACAGGAAAUACAGAUGGGAAAAUUGAUGAAAAAGAAGUUACGAUUGAAGAAAAAAUGGAAAAUUGAUACAACACAAAAUUUCAUAAGAAAUGAUUGAAUAAUGUCCGAACUCUGAAAUGGAAUUUUUUUAUGAUUUGGUAUGACAAUAUCAUGCUUGUCUCACGUCUCACGAUGCUCUCGUCUGUACUGAUGAGAUCGGAUUAUCUAGUAAACGACCAAUUUACUUGUA